GGUUGUAGGUGGGGUAAAUGUUUUCUGCUGCUUACAUUUCGCUCUCGCCUGGGUACAUUGAUACACCCCUGAACGUGCAUCAAUUGCUAUAGUUUUGGCUAUUUUACAUCGACGUUAGGGCAACAUGUCGGUUGCGUCUGCAUCAAUACAGUUUUUUACUCGUUUGUUACGAUAUCGAACGAAAUGUGCCGUUCCGUUUCACGCAGCAUCUAGGAUUUUAAUAUCACCAUACCUGCCCCAGGUCUUUGGCGGCAAUAAGGUGCUACUGGGCACCUGUGCACAGCCACUCAGGCAGAGCAGGCAACAGAUGGCACACAGACAGCAGAGUUGGGGACAGAUAUGCAGGGACAGACUGGCAGAGACAGGGAGUCUCAGGUCAGAGGAGAAGGUGACUGUCUAUUUCAUCAACCGCGAUGGGCGGAAGAUCACCACUUCGAGUGCCAAGGGCGACAGUCUUCUAGACCUGGUGGUCGAACAAAACCUAGAUAUUGAAGGUUUUGGUGCGUGUGAGGGGACCCUGGCCUGUUCCACCUGUCAUGUGAUCCUGGAUCAGAAGGUGUACAACCAGCUGGGGCCCAUCACUGAUGAGGAGAAUGACAUGCUGGACCUGGCCUUUGGCCUCACUGAUACGUCUCGUCUGGGUUGUCAGGUCUGCCUAUCCAGAGAUCUGGAGGGCAUAACGGUCCGUGUGCCAGACGGGGUGAACGACAUGCGGCGGUCUGAUGAUGCUGGACCUACACUGUAAAGCAUCUUGUUGUUUUUAUAGUAUUAUACAAAACUAACAGUAAAGUACUAUAUGAAUGAUUAAUUGCCCUAAAUCGAAAUGCAAUCUGGGUGGUUUUAGGCGUAACUGAUUAAUUGAUACUAUACAAUUCCUAAGAAACUUGGUUUAAAAGUACAUUCCUGUUAAAAAGUGCUAUAUUUCCAAUGGUACUGUAAUUCCACCCCACAGAAUACUGUACCCUUCCCUGUAGUGGGUUCAUGGUAUUGUUGUUUUCAUUAACAUAUUAUGAGGUGUGCCUUGUAAGAGGCUGCAUUUGUUCCACCGGUUAGUGAGAGUGAGGUACCAAUUUAACUGAUACAGUAUGUGGUAGUAGUGCCUCAACAAUUGAAUGUGCAUACAGUAGGGGACAGAUUGGAGUGGCAGCAAGUCUUAAACCUUUAAUGGUUUAGUAUUUGCCAUGUUCUUUGGUCUGUUUUGCCCUGUAGUCACUGCAAGUUUAGAAGCCUUUAGGGCCUCUAGAAGUGCAAGUGAUAUACAGUACCAGUCAAAAGUUUGGACACACCUACUCAUUCAAAGGUGUUUUUAAUUUUUUUACUAUUUUCUACAUUGUAGAAUAAUAGACAAGACAUCAAAACUAUGGAAUAACACAUAUGGAAUCAUGUAGUAACCAAAAAAGUGUUAAAUAUAUCAAAAUGUAUUUUAUAUUUGACAUUCUUCAAAGUAGCCACCCUUGCACACUCUUGGCAUUCUCUCAACCAGCUUCAUGAGGUAGUCACCUGGAAUGCAUUUGAGCCAAUCAGUUGUGUUGUGACAAGGUAGGGGUGUGUAUACAGAAUAUACCCCUAUUUGGUUAAAAACAUAUAUAUACAUGAAUAUACAUACUGUAUAUUCAAUAUUUUUAUAUAUAUAUAUAUAUAUAUAUAUAUAUAUAUAUAUAUAUAUAUAUAUAUAUAUAUAUAUAUAUAUUUAUAUUCACACUACCGUUCAAAAGUUUGGGGUCACUUAGAAAUGUCCUUGUUUAAAAUAAAAUAAAUUAUAAUAAAUUAUCCAUUAAAAUAACAUCAAAUUGAUCAGAAAUUCAGUGUAGACAUUGUUAAUGUUGUAAAUGACUAUUGUAGCUGGAAACGGCAGAUUUUUUAAAAAUGGAAUAUCUACAUAUUAUCAGCAACCAUCACUCCUGUGUUCCGCUAGUAACCUACAGUAAAUAGCUAGUAACCUACAGUAAAUAGCUAGUAACCCACAGUAAAUAGCCAGUAAGCGAAUGUCAAGUUUUGUUUAUAGAUAAAAUAUUUUGUAUUGUUGAAAUGCUGAAAUAAAAUUGUUUCCUAAUUAUUAAGA